UUCCUGAAUAUAUAUAAUAUCUAUAUAAGUUUUGCACUUUCGCUCUGUUUUUCACGUCUCAGUUGUUUCGUAUACACGUACUUCUCACAAUUCUUUCGUAUUUCGCGUUACCAAUCCCAGUCAGAUCAAUAUGGCUUCAAAACAUGGUGCAGUUAUCGUUAUCAUGGGUGUCUGUGGCGCUGGAAAGACCACAAUAGGUCGGAGGCUGGAGAAAGAGGUGCAGUAUAAGUAUCUUGAUGCUGAUGAUUUUCACUCUGAAUUAAACAGAGAAAAGAUGCGAAUGGGAAUCCCACUCACAGAUGAAGACAGGAUGCCGUGGCUUGAAGCACUGCGUGAUGUCAUAAAUGAAUACUUGGAUAACAAAAAGGGUCUGAUUCUUGGUUGUUCUGCUUUGAAGAACCAAUAUAGAGAAAUGCUUAGAUCAGGUUACCCUGCUUAUAAAUGGGGAACUUAUGCAAGUCCUGUUAACUUCAUUCUGUUGGAUGCUCCUGCUGAAGUCCUGAGUGUUCGAGUUAAUGCGAGAGCUGCUGAAGGAAAACAUUAUAUGCCUGCAUCACUUCUGCAAUCUCAGUUAGAUUUGCUAAAGAUUGAUGACUGCGAAGGAAUACUUAAAGUUGAUGCUACUUUGACACCCCAAGCCAUUGUCAACACCAUUCUAAACAAGCUCCAGUUUCAGGGCUGUUUCCAUCAUGAUUGUAUUGAGUUUCAUUGAUAAAAUGAAUCUCUAAUCAUUUCAUGGUUUCAACUAUAGUUUGUACAAAUAAAAGGAGGAAUAUGAUUAUGCUUGAAGAAAAGGGGAAAGAAAAUGGUUUAGAGCAGGAUAGACUAUAGAGAAAAAAAGAAGCCAAGCUGUACAUAUGAUAUUCUUAUUGGUUGAUGCUAUUCUAUUUCUUUUUCACCAUAUAUCGAAUAUAAGAAAACUCCCAGUUUAAACAGAUCCUAGUUUUGCACUUGGAUUUGUUUUCUUAUUA